AUGUCUUCAAGUCAACAUCAAGGAGGCGCAUUUAGGCUUGUGCAGUUGGAAAUUAAACCCUUGCAAAAAGCACACAAUGAAAAUACUACAACCAUGCUGGAAAAUAUAGAAUUAUUGACAACGCUGGCAAAAGAUAUUGAAGGAUCAUCUUUGCCUGACGAUCCCGAAUAUGAACGUAACAAAAUACAAGUUGAACAAAUUGAUUCUAUUGUUAGGGAUUAUUUGGAUUUACUCCGAAUGACAAAAGGUCAUACGGCUACACUUCAACAAAUAUUGGAAUCUCCUGGAAUUGAUUUAAGAACAGUGUCACAAUUUUAUGAUAAUAAUAUCAAAACAAAUACUGAGAAGGAAUAUGAUGAUCAGUCAAUCAAGAAAGUGGAGGAAUACCAAAAUUUCAAACUCUCUAUCAUGCAAGUGCACGACCCAACAGCAGAAUUGGAUUGGAACCAGGAAGGUGACGAUGAUGAUGAUAUUCAAUUGUCACAAGUUACUAUUAAAACAACAUGUCCAUGGACUGGUUCUAAUUUACAAGAACCUAUUCAAUCAAAGAAAUGUAAACACGUAUACGAAAAGACAGUGGCUUUCCAAAAAUUGAGAACUGGAGGGGGAUUUUUCGAAUGUCCUAUUAUUGGUUGUAGGGAAUCAAGAAUUACUGAAGCAGACCUUGUGGAAAGCCCAUCCCUUACUUUCAAAAUCAGAAAGGAAAUUAAGAGACAAGAAGAAGAAAAGAGAAAAAAGACUGAGAGUGCUGCUGUCGACUUGUCAGAUGAUGAUGAAUAG